AUGAAAUUCCUCUGUCUCUAUGGCGGCGGGAUGGGCGAGCAGUUGUUCAAGGAACAGCUAGACCCCCUUGGCACCGCAUUGCCCGCCAAAUACCAGGCCCAAUUCCAAUACGCGCCACCGUUGCAUAAAAUACCAAAUGUUUCCGAUGACCUAGCUCAAUAUGCAGGCGUAGGGCCACACCUGCGUUAUGUCGAGUAUCCUUUGCAAGCCACGGUGCCAGGCUUGCUCGAAAUGGUAAAUGGUACGCCCGGCGAGGGCAGUGCUGAACAGAUAUGGCGUCAUGCGUUUGAAUGGCUCUAUCCGAAAGGAUUGGACGAGCAGCGUCAGUUCAAGGAGAGCAUUGGCCGGUCUGUGGGGUAUCUGAACGACAUCAUUGACCAAGACGGGCCCUUCGAUGGCCUAAUUGGGUACUGUGAAGGAGCUUCGAUUGGCGCUGCUCUAAUUCUCUCCCGCCUGGAUCGCCAUCUCCCUAAUCCGUUUAAAUGUGCGCUUUUCUACGGUGGAUACGCACCGUAUACCGCCGACGGAUCCAAAUUUGUCCUCGCCGAUGAGGUUGGAACAGUCUUUCACUUUCCUACCUGCCAUGUCAUUGGAUCAGAUGAUCCUAUGAUCGACGGCUGUACAGCACUUUUGAACCUGUGUGAUAGUGCUCAAGCGACGGUGGUGGAGGGAGGAGCCGGUCACUUGAUGCCACAGGAUAGCCUCGCUAUUGACGCCGUAAAUAUUGCGUUUUGCAAAAUGGUGGAAACGGCAGUUGUUACCUAG